UGAGAGCUGACCACGUCUACAAUAUCAAUAGACGGUAUUAUUUAUCAGAUUACCAAAAUCUGUGGGAUCUGAUUUUGUUUUUCUUUUCAUUAGAAAAAAGAUCUCAAUUAAAUUAGUGACUGGACCACCAGGCACCAAUUUCCCCUAAAUCCGCCGCUUUUGUCUCUGCCUCUCUGGAAUUGUGGGCAGGUAGAGUACUAGCUCGUCUUCUUCCCAAGGGCUUCAAUGGAGAUGCCUUUCCCAGAGCCCAUCAGAUGCAAAGCGGCAGUGUGCAGAUCCGCCGGCGAGCCUCUCCUAAUUGAGGAGGUCGUGGUGGCGCCGCCGCGUGCCCACGAAGUCCGCGUCAAGAUCAUCUGCUCCUCCCUCUGCUUCAGCGACGUCUCCCGUUGGCGCCUCCGCGAGUUCCCCGCCGUCUUCCCCACAAUCCUCGGCCACGAAGCCAUCGGGGUGGUGGAGAGCGUGGGGGAGGAGGUGGAGGAGGUGGCGGCGGGGGACACGGUGAUGCCGGUGUUCCUGGCCGACUGCCGCGACUGCGUCGACUGCCGGUCGGAGCGGAGCAACAUGUGCUCUCGACUCCCGUUCCGGCCGUUGACGGGGAUGCCGCGGGACGGGACCACCCGGUUCACCGACGCCGCCGGCGCGCCCGUGUACCACUAUCUCACCGUCUCCAGCUUCAGCCAGUACACCGUCGUCGACGUCACCAACGUCGUCAAGGUCUCCGCGGAACUUCCGCCGGAGAAGAUCUGCGUCCUCAGCUGCGGCUUCUCCACCGGAUUUGGAGCAGCUUGGAAGGUUGCAAAUGUGGACCCCGGAUCCACCGUGGCAGUCUUUGGACUUGGAACUAUUGGAUUGGCCGUCGUAGAAGGGGCGCGACUUCAAGGUGCCGGAAGGAUAAUCGGAGUCGAUUCUAACCCCGACAAGUUUGAAGUCGGUAAGAGGUUGGGUCUCACUGAUUUCAUAAAUCCUAAUGAUAUCGGCCAUCGAUCCAUUAACGAGGUGAUCAAGGAAAUGACCGACGGCGGUGCGGAUUAUUGUUUCGAGUGCAUCGGUCUAGCAUCCGUGAUGUUGGAAGCGUAUAGAAGCUCUCGAUCGGGUUGGGGGAAGACCGUUAUUCUUGGAGUCGAGAAGAACAUGUCGCCGAUCACAAUUGACUCGAAAGAAAUCUUGUGCGGUAAAACGAUCAUCGGUUCAGCAUUCGGGGGACUGAAAUCCAAGACCCACAUUCCAAUCCUCAUAGACAAAUAUCUCAACAAGGAGCUUCACUUGGAUGAGUUUGUGACACAUGAAGUUGGACUGGAUGAGAUUAACAAGGCUUUUGAGCUGCUGAUUGAAGGGAAAUGCAUCAGAUGUGUGAUAUGGAUGGAUAAAUAAUAAUGAUAUUUUUAUGUCUGUAAUAUUUACACAUAAUAUCGAACAAUAAUUAAUAAUGAUUUUUUUUUUGAAAAAUAA